AUCAUAAAAGGAUGUUGUUGGGGCAGGAAUAGAAAGGGUGGGGGUGGGUCGGUGCUUCUCACAAGUGAAGAGGAUUGUGACAGAUAUGGGAGCCUUAUCCGCAGAUAAUCUCCUCCUUUUCUUCUUCUACUUCUUCAUCUCUUUUUGUUUCUCUUCUUCAUCCCAUUCUCAGCAAGAACCAGCUGUUGGGUAUGGCUACAAGGUCCAAUCGAUCAGUGUCAACCCUUCAGGGAAGUCCCUGAUCGCCAAGCUUCAACUUAUUCAGAAGUCGUCGAUCUAUGGACCAGAUGUUCAGGACCUCAAUCUCUUCGCAUCCUUUGAAACCAAAGAUCGCCUGCGAGUCGGAAUAACGGAUUCUGGUCACCAAAGAUGGGAAGUCCCACGAAGCAUCAUCCCACGCGAGCCCCAUCAUCUCUCGGCCCAUCGAUCAAUGCUCGAAGACAACCAAGAUCCAUCGAAAGCCUCUCAGUCUCAACCAGAAAGCCAUGUUCUCUCCUUCGAAGGAUCCGACCUCCUCUUUACCCUCCAUGCAACCACUCCCUUCACCUUCACCAUCACCCGCCGCUCCACCGGCGACAUCCUCUUUGACACGUUGCCCAUAAUUGUCUUCAAAGACCGAUACUUAGAGAUCUCUUCAUCACUCCCUGCAGGGAGAUCAUCCCUCUAUGGUCUUGGGGAGCAUACCAAGAAGACAUUCCGGCUGGUACCCCAUGACAGUUUAACGAUGUGGAAUUCUGACAUAGCUGCAGCAAACACAGAUGUAAAUCUGUAUGGUUCUCACCCAUUCUACAUGGAUGUGAGAUCAUCAUCAUCAUCCAAUAUCACAUACCUGCCAGGAGUGACUCAUGGCGUGCUCCUUCUCAAUAGCAAUGGCAUGGAUGUCAUCUAUGGUGGAUCUUACAUUACUUACAAAGUGAUUGGAGGAAUUCUCGACUUCUAUUUCUUUGCAGGUCCGUCACCUCUAUCAGUCAUGGAUCAGUACACUGAGCUCAUCGGCCGGCCGGCACCGAUGCCAUAUUGGUCCUUUGGAUUCCAUCAGUGUCGUUAUGGCUACAAGAAUGUAUCGGAUCUUGAAGGCGUCGUAGCAGGAUAUGCCAAAGCUAAGAUCCCUCUAGAAGUAAUGUGGACCGACAUUGAUCACAUGGAUGGAUACAAGGACUUUACACUUGAUCCUAUCAACUUUCCUGCAGACAAGAUGAAGGCAUUUGUGGAACAACUUCACCAGAAUGGACAGAAAUAUGUGGUCAUACUGGACCCAGGUAUCAGUGUUAAUAAUACAUAUGAUACAUUCCUAAGAGGAAUGAAAGAUGGCAUCUUUCUGAAGAGAGAUGGAACAUAUUACCUUGGACGAGUGUGGCCUGGACCUGUCUACUUCCCCGACUUCCUGAACCCAGCUGCUGCUGAAUUCUGGGCCGGAGAGAUCGAUAUAUUCCGCAAGACUCUUCCGGUCGACGGCUUAUGGAUCGACAUGAAUGAGAUCUCCAACUUCAUCACCUCCCCGCCGCUCAAUUCCCUGGAUGACCCUCCUUACAGGAUCAACAAUGAUGGUGUUCGAAGACCUAUCAACAAUUUAACAGUUCCAGCUUCUGCUCUUCACUACGGGAACCUAUCAGAGUAUGACGUGCACAACCUCUAUGGCUUCUUGGAAGCCAGGGCAACCCAUGAUGGACUGAUGAAGUCCACAGGGAAGAGGCCAUUUGUACUCAGUCGAUCGACUUUCGUUGGCUCAGGGAAGUAUACAGCUCAUUGGACCGGUGAUAAUGCAGCAAAGUGGGAGGAUCUCGGCUACUCAAUUUCAUCCAUACUGAACUCUGGACUGUUUGGUGUUCCGAUGGUCGGAGCAGAUAUCUGCGGGUUUGGCGGAGACACGACCGAGGAGCUCUGUGGAAGAUGGAUUCAGCUAGGUGCAUUCUAUCCCUUUGCAAGGGACCACUCUGAAAAAAACAGCAACCGCCGAGAGCUCUAUGUUUGGGACUCUGUCGCCCGAUCAGCAAGAAAGGCACUCGGCCUCCGAUACCGCCUGCUUCCCUAUUUCUACACCCUGAUGUAUGAGGCACAUGUCAAAGGUGCACCUAUUGCGCGACCUCUCUUCUUCUCAUUCCCUGAAGAUGUCAAAACCUAUGAUAUCAGUAAGCAGUUUCUGAUUGGAAAAGGUGUGAUGGUCUCCCCAGUAUUGAAUCAAGGAUCGGUCUCGGUCGAUGCUUAUUUUCCGAAAGGGAAAUGGUUCAACCUCUUCAACCACUCGCAGAUGGUGAGCAGUGAUUUUGGGAAGUAUGUCACGCUGGAUGCACCAGAGGAUGCUAUAAACGUGCAUGUGAGGGGAGGGAACAUCUUGGUAAUGCAGGAAGAGGCAAUGACAGUGCAAUUGGCACGGCAGAGUGGAUUCAAGCUCCUGGUGGUGCUCGAUGAGGAUAACAAUGCAGCUGGGGAGGUCUAUUUGGAUGAUGGAGAGGUGGUGGAGAUGGCAGGCAAGGAGAGUCAGUGGAGUUUAGUCAGGUUCGGCAGUGUGAUAGAAGAUAAGGAUGUGAAGGUCAGGUCGGAGGUUGUGAAUGCUACAUAUGCGUUGAAUCAGAAGUUGCUGCUAGAGAAGGUUGUGUUCCUGGGGUUGGAGUUGAAAGAAACACCUAAAAUGGCUACCAUAUCUUUGAAUGGAAUGGAAGUAUGUUGUAACUCAAAGGUGAGUGCUAGGUACCAAACGAAUGGGAGAUUUGGAGUUGCAGAAAUUGAAGGCUUGUCGCAGCUCAUUGGCGAGGAAUUUGAGUUGAAAUUCAAGCUCACAAAUUAGUCCAAAUAGUACAUGCUCGGAGAGAGCAGAAAAGGAACAUAAGGUCAUCAAUAUAGAAGCAAUCUUUCCAUGUCUACUGAAAGUAUCUAAAUGCUGUACUUGUGUGAGCUUAACAGACUGAAUUUUCCAUUAUCCUACUAGAUUGAAAAUAAUUGCAAUAAGAAAAGAGACAGAGGGUAGAAUCUCUUCUGCUGAUAA